UUAAUGCACAGUAAUAACAUUUCCAUGGUUGAAGCAGGUGAAAGGUUCCACAGUGCUGCUUUAAACCCAUUUAAUCCCGGUCCAGACCUGGUUUAGUCUCGUUUUCUCGGUGUUUUUCGUGAACUUUUUCCUCCUCCUCCGCGGCCCCUUUAAGAGCUCCGCGGGAGGGAGGCUGCCGUCGGACCGCUCCUCGCAGCCUCAGCGUCGGACUCUUCUGGAGCCCAGCCUCGGAGCGACAACCGGGCCCGAUAAAACACACACACACCCCGGGGAGAGCGGGCGAAACGCGGGCCACCUCCCUCGGCUCCUCGGCUUCACCCUCCAGCGCCUCCGCCCCGCGCCUCUUCCAUUUUCUACGCCGAAAAUCGCGCGCCGGAGCCUGGACCCGGACUGGACCUUCCCCCCCUGAGCUGCUCCCUUCUCUCACACUGGGGCUUUUUUCCGGAUAUUUCUCACCAAAACGGGAGAUUUUCCAAGCAUUUCUGGGUUUAAAGCUGCAUAUUGUUGCGUGUUUGUGUUUUAAAAGUGCUCUGGGAAUCCGCGGGUGUUUAUUUGAGUUAUUGCUUGUCAUAGGCCUAAAAUAGCAUUAGCAUCCAUGCACAAGGCCUAAGCUCCCAGAGGAGACCAAACAGCAUGAAAAACGAAGCAAAAAUCAACUUAAAACUGCUCAAAACGCCAAUUAUAUGCAGCCAUUCGGAAUUUAAGGCUUAAUUUUUACCAAAUACGUGCACCAGCUUUCACUUGCGUUCUCUACUCAGCCCUAAAUCCACAUUUGUGCAUUUUUAUUUGCAAUUAGGUCAACAAAUUCACAUUAUUCUAAGCAUUUGUAGCAGGGUGACCAGAAUUACCAAGUCAAAAAUAAGAAAUACACUCUUUUUUUUAGUGCUUAGUAAUGAUAAAAUUGUAAAAAGAGUGCAUAAUUAAGGUAAAUUUGUAGGCAGAGGCUAAAAUGUGAGUCAAGUUUUUUCACGUUUUAAGCAGAUUUUGUUUUUGUUUUACCUUCACAAAUUACAAUUUAAGACACUUUUUACUCUUGUUAGGUGUUAAAUGAGUCAAAAAUAGACACACUUGGGACAUUUCUUGUACAAAACUGGGACAAAUCACCGUCUGGUCACUCUCACUUAAAGCUCCAUUUGUCACAGAAUUAUUUGUUUAAUUUCUAGUCUGUAAUUUCUAUUAAACUGCAUGCUUGCAUUUAGAGUCUAUAGCGCAUAUAUUACUACUAUUUUAAUACAGCUUUUUAUUCAUUCACUCAGCUUUAUCAAUAUUUAAGAAUUAAGAACGAUAAAACCCUGCCCUGCCCAGGUUAGCACUUAAAACAACUUAAGCACACCUUUAAAGUUAUAUUAUUAAAGCUAUUUAUAGAAUUAUUUUAAGAAGCUGAAACUCUAACGUAGAAUUCUUUAAUAUUUUGGAGCGUGCAAUGAAAUAACUCGCUUUUUUGUUACGGCGACAGAUUUUUAAAUCAUCUCGGGCUGUUAAAGUGAUUUUUGCCAAUUCAGGAUACAAAAUUCUGUACAGUUUAAAUUUUUUUUAAAGUAUGUCACAAUCUUAGACGCGACUGGUUUAAAUUCUCAUUAAAAAGUUGCAAUUUUGUGGAUUUUUUUUUUUGUGAUUUCAUUUUUUUUUUUUUUUUGUGUCACUGUUUUAAGGAUUUAUAAGCAUUUUUUUCCUUUUUUGGGGUGGGAAACUAAAAUUCAAGUCUAACGUUGCUCGAACUUCUAAUCUUGCUCUUCCUUUUUCUUUUUCAAUUUUUUAAAAAGUUUCUCACAGCAGUUUUGCAUCUCAUUUAAAAAUUUGCCUCACUAUAUUCAUUUUUUCGUGCAAAAUUCUUCACUUUUUUUGACGUUUGGAGACUGUAUUUUGUCCACAGAUCUUAACGGACCCUAGUUUUGGUGGAAAUUGAGGUGAGCUUUUGCCAGCUUUUCUUUUUUUUUCCCCCACUCGGAGUCUGGUGCACGCCCCCGGCCCCACGUGCGCGCCCCUGUGUUUAUGCAUGUCCAGUGGCGGCAGGUUUGACUUCGACGAUGGGGGGUGGUACUGCGGGGGGUGGGACCAGGGGAAGGCCCACGGCAGGGGCGUGUGCACGGGACCCCAGACCCAGGGGGAGUACGCCGGGGCCUGGAGCCACGGCUUCGAGCUCCUGGGCGUCUACAGCUGGCCCAACGGAGGCUCCUACAAAGGCACGUGGGCCCAGGGGAAGCGGCACGGCGUGGGCGUGGAGACCAAGGCGUGCUGGGAGUACCGCGGCGAGUGGACGCAGGGUCUGAAGGGGCGCUACGGUCAGCUGGAGAGCACCACGAGCGGCGCCAGGUACGAGGGCACGUGGAGCAACGGGCUGCAGGACGGAUACGGCACCGAGACGUACUCCGACGGAGGUUGAGCCGUUCAGUCCCAAAGAAAAGUCACUCUGCGUCUUGGAAUCUUCUCGCACACACUCGCCCAAGACUGAGCAGCUUCAAUGCAAAAUCUGGAAAAAACUUCACCAACUGGCAACACAAAUUUGGACUCGGUACCAAAAAUAUAAAGAGGAAGUCUGCUCAGUUUUGGGUGAGUUUGUGCGGCAGAUUCCAAGACUCAAAAUGACUCAAGUGAACGGCUCAACGUGAAAACAGAACAAAUAUAAAACAUUAAGUGUAAAAUCUUGAUUUGUUUAUAUUAGAAGAUGCACCGAAUGUUCAGCAACAGAAUAUAUUUGGCUGAAUAUUGCAAAAAAGACACAUUCAGCUUUUGGUGGAGUGAGUGACGUGAUGAUUCUUCUUUUAAGUGUCGUCAUGUCGAUUGUUGUGGGUUCGAUGUUCCGCAGUCACACCUGCGCAACCGAACCGAGCCACACCUCAUGACGUCAUCACACGCCGCUGUGUGUUUACAUGUGGCAGCGAACGCUUAAGCGGAGAAUAAAAGUCCAGCAGUAUGAAUGAGGCUGAUGUUAGUCCUUUUAUGAUUCCGCGCUCCUCUGUGAGUUUGUGGAGAUAAAAACAGGUCGGAGCGGUGAGGACAGACGGAGACGAGCCGCAGCUAAACUUCUGUCUGUCACAGUCCUUACUGAAGGUGAGCGCAGAUUCACUGAGUGUUUUAGAGCGGAUUUUAGUCACUUUAUUUCUCGUAUGAGUAACGGUGAUCUGUGCUUGGGCACGGUGCUAAAGUCCUACUGUCAGUGCACCAAAAAAAGUGUUUAUUAGGUUACAAACUCACACUUAUUAUUAUUAUUAUUAUUAUAAGUGAAUCCGUGUAUCAUUCGUUCAUUCGUUUUUCAAUAUAAAACCAAAAAUAAGAAAAAGAAAAAACGAUUUUCUUCAUUAUUUGUCUCCAAAACCAAAAUGAAAAAACAGAUAAUGAUUCGUUUUUUCAGUUUUCAAUUUUGUGUUUAAAUGAAAAAUGGAAAAAACUGAUGACCAUUUCCCAUUUACAUCAGUGCCGUGACUGCAGUGCCGGACUGAACCAGGACUGAUCCAGGUCCGGGACCAGAGCAGGACUGAGACUGGGACUGAGACCGGGAGCAGAGUGGACUCCGAGCUUUGACUCCGAGCCUCCACAGGGUCCGAGCCUCAGCCUUUGAGCUCCGGCCCUGCCACGGGCUCUGAGCCUCCGGUCUGGUCCCGGUCUGGUCCCAGACCUGGAUCAGUCCUGGUUCAGUCCGUAUGUAGUGCAAAAGUUCGGCAUCACCGUCACGGAAGUCAUGUAAACGGGAAACGUUAUCCGUUUGUUCCAUUCUUCAUUUAAACACAAAAACGAAUCAUUAUCCAUUUUUUCGUUUUGGUUUUGGAGACAAAUAAUGAAGAAAAUCGUUGUUUUUUUUGUUUUCUUAUUUUUGGUUUUAUAUUGAAAAAUGAAUGAACGAAUGAUACACAUAUUUAAGUGUAAGUAUUAUUAUUUACUUGAGCCUUCUGUUUCAUUAUUAUCCUCUCUACUGUGGCUCAGCAGACUUGUGACAAAAGGACAAUAAUUCAUUCAUGUUUAUUCACUUUAAUGCACUAAAGUUUUUUUUUAGAAUUGUUUUCUUUGAAGACCGAGCCUAAUAUGAGUGAAAAACUUACAGGAAAGUCGACUGGAAUAUUUAAAGAAUAAACAUUUAAAGAAUAAACAUUUACUUUCUUUUAAAAACAUGUCUAAAAUUUUAUUCUAGACUAUUUAUGCAAUAUUAAAAAAAAUGUGAAAAACUUUACCACAGUUGAUUUUCGGUUUCGGCCACAAAUUUUCAUUUCGGUGCAUCCUUAGUUUAUUUACAUUCUGUGAAAAUACUGGCCUACGGAAUGAUGUCAAAUACUGUCGGACACAAUAUUACAACACAAACUUCUCCAUUUUAUAAAAGCGUACAAUUUUUAUUCAUGAUUUUCCUUGUGAAAUUCUACAUUAGACUUGGGCCGUUUUAGAUUUUGCCAUUAAAAACUAUGUCAAAUAUUGCAUCUUUUUCUGAUGGUGCAGCCCAAACAAUCACUGAACUUUUUUGUUUUAAAUCUCUCUGAAAAUAUCUUGCAUAACUAGUAGAAAAUAUGAAAGUAACGCUUUAUUUUAGGGUUUUUAUUUUAGUGCACAUGUCAUAAACCAUUAAAAGUGGAGUUUGUAUUUCAGGAUUCAGCCUCUUGUAUCACAGAUUCAACUUUAUUUUUUAUUUAUUAUUAUUUUUGCACAACUUAUUUUUACUUUACUGUGAACCUUUUUGCAUUGACCUUCAUCUGUUCUGUUAAACUGUUAUUAUUUGCCCAGUAUCACGUGUGUAUGUUGUGUUUUGGAAUUUGCUUUUAAAAAAAUAUGAUUUCUGUUUUUAGUUUUUAUAAUUUAUGUUUUUUAUAAUUUUGUCGAUGUUUUUGUCUGUUUUAUGAUUUGAAUAAAGUUUUAUCACUU